GUACGGCUGCGCAGAGGCCGACUUUCUAGAGGAGGCGGAGCUUCGCCCUUCGCCGGCUGAAAAAGCAGUAGAUACGGCUAGUAGAGACAGCAGGAGCCCAGCAUUAGCCCUGCCGGGGCGGUGGGCUUUAGGUUCCUGUCUGACCAGAGUGACUUCAAAAAGGAGGGAAAAUGGCUUCAGAAUCUGAAACUCUGAAUCCCAGUGCUCGGAUAAUGACUUUUUACCCGACCAUGGAGGAGUUCCGGAACUUCAGUCGAUACAUGGCCUACAUUGAAUCCCAAGGAGCUCAUCGGGCUGGGCUGGCCAAGGUUGUUCCUCCAAAGGAGUGGAAGCCCCGGGCGUCCUAUGAUGAUAUUGAUGAUCUGGUCAUUCCUGCCCCCAUCCAACAGUUGGUGACUGGGCAGUCUGGCCUCUUUACUCAGUACAACAUACAGAAGAAAGCCAUGACUGUUCGAGAGUUCCGCAAGAUAGCCAAUAGUGAUAAGUACUGUACCCCACGCUACAGUGAGUUUGAAGAGCUUGAACGGAAGUACUGGAAAAAUCUCACAUUCAAUCCUCCAAUCUAUGGUGCAGAUGUGAAUGGCACUCUCUAUGAAAAGCAUGUCGAUGAGUGGAAUAUCGGGCGGCUGAAAACCAUCCUGGACUUGGUGGAGAAGGAGAGCGGGAUCACCAUUGAGGGUGUGAACACCCCGUACCUGUACUUCGGCAUGUGGAAGACCUCCUUUGCCUGGCACACUGAAGACAUGGACCUGUACAGCAUCAACUACCUGCACUUUGGAGAGCCAAAGUCCUGGUACUCUGUCCCCCCGGAGCACGGAAAGCGGUUGGAGCGCCUUGCCAAAGGCUUUUUCCCUGGAAGUGCUCAAAGCUGCGAAGCUUUUCUCCGCCACAAGAUGACUUUGAUUUCCCCUUUAAUGCUGAAGAAAUAUGGAAUUCCCUUUGACAAGGUGACUCAAGAAGCUGGAGAAUUCAUGAUCACUUUUCCUUAUGGUUACCAUGCCGGCUUUAACCAUGGCUUCAACUGUGCGGAGUCCACCAAUUUUGCUACCCGGCGGUGGAUUGAGUAUGGCAAACAAGCUGUGCUGUGCUCCUGUAGAAAGGACAUGGUGAAGAUCUCCAUGGAUGUGUUUGUGAGGAAGUUCCAGCCAGAAAGGUACAAACUUUGGAAAGCGGGGAAGGACACCACAGUUAUCGACCAUACUCUGCCCACGCCAGAAGCAGCGGAGUUUCUUAAGGAGAAUGAACUGCCUCCAAGAGCCAGAAACGAGGAGUGUCCAGAGGAGGAUGGCAUGGAAGGGAUUGAGGAUGGAGAGGAGGGUGACUUAAAGAGAAGCCUAGCCAAACAUCGUAUAGGGACAAAGAGGCACCGAGUUUGUCUUGAAAUACCCCAGGAGGUGAGUCAGAGCGAGCUCUUCCCCAAGGAGGAGCUGAGUACGGGACAGUACGAUAUGACGGAGUGCCAGGCUGCCCUCGCUCCCGUGAGGCCCACCCACAGCUCUGUGCGGCAAGUCGAAGACGGCCUUCCCUUCCCAGAUUAUUCUGACUCCACGGAAGUCAAAUUUGAAGAGCUUAAAAACGUCAAACUGGAAGAAGAGGAUGAGGAGGAAGAGGAGGAACAAGAAGCGGCUGCCUUGGAUCUUUCUGUGAAUCCUGCCUCUUUAGGGGGACGCCUUGUCUUCUCAGGUCCCAAAAAGAAAUCAUCUUCUAGCCUGGGCUCCAGUUCUUCACGGGAUUCUAUUUCUUCCGACUCAGAAACCAGUGAGCCUCUGGCCUGCCGAGCCCAAGGGCAGUCGGGAGUUCUCACUGUGCACAGCUAUGCCAAAGGGGAUGGCAGGGUCACCGUGGGAGAGCCCUGCACCAGGAAGAAGGGUAGUGCCACCGGAAGUGUCAGUGAGCGGGAGCUGGCAGAGGUGGCCGAUGAAUACAUGUUUUCCCUGGAGGAGAAUAAGAAGUCCAAGGGCCGUCGUCAGCCCUUAAGCAAGCUCCCACGCCAUCACCCACUUGUGUUGCAGGAUUGCGUCAGUGAUGAUGAGUCCUCUGAACAGCCGACCCCCGAGGAGGAGGCUGAGGAGACAGAGGCCUGGGCUAAGCCCCUGAGCCAACUAUGGCAGAACCGACCCCCGAACUUUGAGGCCGAGAAGGAAUUCAAUGAGACCAUGGCCCAGCAGGCCCCUCACUGCGCUGUCUGUAUGAUCUUUCAGACUUACCAUCAGGUGGAGUUUGGAGGCCUUAGUCAGAGCUGUGGAAACGCUCCAGAUUUAGCCCCCCAGAAGCAGAGGACCAAGCCAUUGAUUCCUGAAAUGUGUUUCACCUCGACUGGCUGCAGCACAGACAUCAACCUUUCUACCCCUUACCUUGAGGAGGAUGGCACCAGCCUUCUAGUUUCCUGCAAGAAGUGCAGUGUCCGGGUCCACGCCAGUUGCUAUGGAGUACCCCCUGCAAAGGCUUCUGAAGACUGGAUGUGUUCUCGGUGUUCCGCCAAUGCCCUGGAGGAGGACUGCUGUUUGUGCUCAUUACGAGGGGGAGCCCUCCAGAGAGCCAAUGAUGACAGGUGGGUCCACGUCUCGUGUGCUGUGGCAAUUUUGGAAGCAAGGUUUGUCAACAUUGCCGAAAGAAGUCCGGUGGACGUGAGCAAAAUACCCCUGCCCCGCUUCAAACUGAAAUGUGUCUUCUGUAAGAAGCGGAGGAAAAGAGCCGCCGGCUGCUGUGUGCAGUGCUCCCAUGGCCGCUGUCCAACUGCCUUCCACGUGAGCUGCGCCCAGGCUGCCGGAGUGAUGAUGCAGCCGGACGACUGGCCUUUCGUCGUCUUCAUUACCUGCUUUCGGCACAAGAUUCCGAAUUUGGAGCGUGCCAAGGGGGCCUUGCAGAGCAUCACCGCAGGCCAGAAGGUCAUUAGCAAGCACAAGAACGGGCGCUUCUACCAGUGUGAGGUGGUCAGGCUCACCACCGAGACCUUCUAUGAAGUCAACUUUGACGAUGGCUCCUUCAGUGACAAUCUCUAUCCUGAGGACAUAGUGAGCCAGGACUGCCUCCAGUUGGGUCCUCCUGCUGAGGGAGAAGUGGUCCAAGUCAGAUGGACAGAUGGCCAAGUCUACGGAGCCAAAUUUGUGGCAUCCCAUCCUAUCCAGAUGUACCAGGUGGAGUUCGAGGAUGGCUCACAGCUUGUGGUUAAGAGAGAUGACGUGUACACGCUGGAUGAAGAGCUUCCCAAGAGAGUCAAGUCUAGACUGUCAGUAGCCUCAGACAUGCGCUUCAAUGAGAUUUUCACGGAGAAAGAGGUUAAACAGGAAAAGAAACGGCAACGAGUGAUCAACUCAAGAUACCGGGAAGAUUACAUCGAGCCUGCACUAUACCGAGCCAUCAUGGAGUAGGUGCUUCCAGGGGCCGAGAGGUGCCCAGCCAUCAAGGCGAGAGCACUCUGGGGUUCCACAGCACAGCAGACACUUGGAACUCUGAAGUCUCUGAAAGUGAAGUUGUAAAAUGAAAAGGAAUGGAAUAACCGACCCCAUCGUCUUCUCACGCCCCUACCCGCCACCCCCCCCCCUCGCAUUCCGCUGUAGUGAAAGGACAAGCCUUUCUUGGACAUGUGGCAGCAGCCGCCUAUCACCCAGCUGAAGGGCUGAGCACUGAAAUGCUGUGGCUGCACUGGCCCCAGUCUCCAGUGGGGUUGACUGUGCUGGCCGGGCUGGUUGCCCUGUUCCUGGCCUAGGACUUAGCUUCCUAACAAUCACCUGCACCAACUAGGCAGAGGUGCUGGUGCUUACUCCCUCUCCCCUUUUGUAUUUAUGUGUGCGCGCGUAUAAGUAAGUGUGUGUGUGUGUAUGCGCGUGCGCGCGCGUGUGUGUACGUGUGCGCACAUGUAUGUUUGGUUUGGACCAGCUUCUGCCAGCCCCUGGCCUUUACUUUCUUCCUUGCCUGUCCAGGGCAAACAAAAUGUGAAAUUCUGCCCUCAGCUGAGUGGAGUAAAGGCUCCUGGGGGUUGGCUGGAGAUGAGUGUGGCAUCUAUCUGUCCCUGGAACAGCCUCAAGGAAGUGCUGGCAAAGCUGCAGUAUUGAGAUGUUAAGGAGUUAAUGCCACCUCUUUGUCCUGUCUUGAAGGAACAGAUAGGGGCAGCGUGGGUUUGUGCCCAUAUCAUUCUAGGCGCAGAGCCCCUGUGGCACAGUAUUAGAGGGUGUGGGUGGGAAACACCCUGAAGGGGGGAUCUUAAUGAUGGAAGCAGGCAGAGCCUGGUGGGUGAUUUUGUCAACAGAAAAUUUGCAAUCAUGCAGGGGCUGGGAGGGUUAAGAUGAAUUGGGGCCACUGGAGACCAGGGGCAGGUUUAGGUAUGCCCCUGGUCUGGGGGUGGGAGGGAGCUGAUUUGGGGGUGGGGGAGGGACUGGAGGGCAACACUGAAGGGGUUAAACAGGUUUUGCUCCUCAUGAAUUUGUUUGCCUGGGAUUGGAGGGCUUCACACCUAUACCCUGUGUAUACAAGAAUCAGAUUUAUAAUACUUCCCUGUUUUUUGUUACGUAUGAACGCUAUAAACCAAAUUAUUUUGAAAACUGGUGCAUCACCUUGUCCUUAGCAAUAAAAUGUGUUGAGCAGA